CUUUGCGUCACCCUGCAACGAAGGGACCGUUUGGUAGAUCUUCACCUUGCUGGGCUGUCGGUUUUGCUGGCUGUGCCUUUUAAGAAUAGAAACUGGAAAAGAAAUGGAGGAAAAGAAGAUGACAGGCUCUGGCUACACCUUCAGACCCCCCUUGGGGGGAACCCAUGAAGAACGCUAGUUUAUUCAAAUGUCUCGAUGAUGCACUCCCUCUCGACAAAGGCAAACUGUUUGCUGUAACAGGAAAUCUCAGCAUUUUUUAUUUAUUUAUUUUUUUACCAGCAUUUUUCAAAGACGCCACCUUCACCAUGUAUCAGAUGGUACCAGGCGGUCCUAUGAGCGCUGUAGCCGGCACCGCACCCGUUAAGCAGAAUCUGACUCGGGACAGGCGCCCCCUACUCGGAGCGGGUGCUCUGGGACUAAUUCUCAUUAUUGCAGCUGUUGCUGCUUGGUGCUACUACAUUGCCUCCCUGGCUAAGGCUGGCAUGCUCAAGACGGAACUCCUGGACCUGAACAGGGAUGGAUUCCUCAUUCGAAACCAGACAGGAGCCAUUGUCUUCCGCAUGGCUUUCAGGUCGGGAAAUCUGGACCUGGACUCUUGCUCAAAGGAGGGUGAAAUUCUGAGCUGCACUCGGUCCAGCACUGGCAGUCUGAACUUCUUUAUUCAGACAGUCCGGCCCAAGGACCCAGUGAUGUGCUACCGUGUUCGUUGGGAGGAGCUGGCCUCUGAGAACCCUGUGGAGCAUGCCAUGUCCUAUAAUGGCUCUCACUGGUACGGCGGCGCCGAGACCAGCAUCCAGCACUGGCCCAUCUCCAUAACGGGCCAGCAGACACCAACACCAUUUGUCACCAGCGACGUCUACUCCAGCCGCCAUAGCUUUGGUGGGAUUCUGGAGCGUUACUGGUUGUCCUCCAAAGCCUCAGCCAUCAAAAUCAAUGAUUCAGUGCCCUUUCAUCUGGGCUGGAAUGACACAGAGAAGGUUUUGUAUUUCCAGGCUCGGUACCAGGACAGCCCAUACAAACCCACUCCUGGCCAGCCACCUUUUGCAGAGUUGAGCUACAGGGUGUGUGUUGGUUCAGAUGUUACUUCCAUUCAUAAGUACAUGGUCCGGAGAUACUUCAACAAGCCCAACAAGGUACCCUCUAUGGACAUGUUUAGGUACCCCAUUUGGUCCACAUGGGCCCUGCACAAGAAAGACAUUGAGCAGGAGAAGCUGGUUAGCUAUGCGGCUAACAUUAAGAAAUAUAACUUCACCUGCAGCCAGCUACAGUUGGACGACUGCUACACUAGUGGCUAUGGUGAAUUUGAUUUUGAUCCCGUCAAGUUCCCCAAUGCCUCAGACAUGUUCCAGAAGCUGAAAGCGGACGGAUUUCAUGUCAGCCUUUGGAUUCACCCCUUCAUCAAUUAUGACUCGCCCAACUUUCGUGUGGGUGUGGAGAAGGGGCUCUUUGUGCGGGAGCCCACAGGCCAGCUGCCUGCAUUGGUGCGUUGGUGGAAUGGUGUGGGCUCCAUCCUGGACUUCACCAACCCGGCUGCUCGCGAAUGGUUCGGCUCCCACCUCCGUGCCCUGAGGUCCAAAUAUGGGGUGACCUCCUUCAAGUUUGAUGCCGGUGAGACCAGCUAUCUGCCGAGUCAGUUCAGUACCUACGUGCCAUUGAAUGACCCUAGUACCUUUACCCGCCGCUAUUCCGAGAUGGCUAUCCCGUUCAAUGAUAGAGCUGAGCUUCGCGUUGGCUAUCAGUCCCAAAAUAUCUCCUGCUUCUUCCGCCUUAUUGAUCGGGACUCUGUAUGGGGCUAUGAACUGGGCCUUAAGUCCCUCAUUCCCACUGUGUUGACCAUCAGCAUACUGGGGUAUCAAUUCAUCCUGCCAGACAUGAUUGGGGGCAAUGUGUACCCCAACUACACCGAAGGGUCAGGGAAGCUGCCGGAUCGGGAAUUGUAUAUCCGCUGGCUGGAGCUGUCCGCAUUCAUGCCCUCCAUGCAAUUCUCCAUCCCACCCUGGGAAUACGAUGCAGAUGUCAUCGAGAUUGCACGACGCUUUACUGCCCUGCAUGAGUCCAUAGUUGCACCUCGUGUACUGGAAUUAGCUGGGGAGGUGCUGGCCACGGGGGACCCCAUCAUACGUCCUUUGUGGUGGAUAGCUACAAAUGAUGAGACAGCUUACAAAAUUGACUCCCAGUUUCUUAUAGGGGAUGAUCUCAUGGUAGCUCCGGUGCUAGAGCCUGGAAAGCAGGAGAGAGAUAUUUACCUUCCUACAGGCCGAUGGCGUAGCUAUAAAGGUGAGCUCUUUGACAAUAAAGAUCCUGUUCACCUCACUGACUACCCCGUUGACCUGGAUGAGAUUGCAUAUUUUGUGUGGGUGUAAUCGACAGUGCGGUUGUUUUUGGGGAUACUGGCAUACAUACUUGGUGUUUUUGCAGGGAACCGCGCGGAUAUAGAUAGUUAAUUGAUCCAGCAUGUAUGAAGUGGCGCAUUAAAAGAAAUCGUGUAACCAUUUGCAUUGUGUCCUUGGCGCACUCCAGCAUUGUGCCCUGUGCUAUCUGGGAUAAGCUUGGGGCUUCUCUGCAGCCCUGACCACGUGGUUAUAAGAUGGAAGGAUAAGAUAGAUAAGAUAAUCCUAAUUGAUCCUAGGGAGUAAUCCUUGUGCAUACAGCAGUAGGUACUCAAGUAUGUGCAGACAAAAAUAUAGCGCAAACAGAUUUUAAGAUUAUGCAAACAGAAAAUUGAAUAAUAAUGAAAUAAGCAAUAAAAAAAAAAUUAGUGGAUGAUAUACGCAACUAAAAACAGUUACUUGUCUGAUGCGUUAUGGCUGGACGUUGGGUUGGCAUUGUCCAGCCUGAUAGCAGCAGGCAGGAAGGAUCCUCAGUAAUGCUUCUUAGCAUACUGUGGUGAAAUGAUUUGGUAGCUGAAGGUGCUGCAAGACCCCACGGAGAAGGAGAUCAGCAUCGUUUAUGACGAUUUCCAAUUUUGCCACUAUCCUCUUCUCUAUCACUGCUCCAGUGAGAGUAGAUUCAGUCCAGUGAAGGAGCAGGCCUUCCUGAUGAAUUUGUUCUGGUCUUUAGGAUUGCCUGAUGCUGCUUCCCCACGAUGCCAUUGCGUAGAAAAGUACAGUGGUCAAACUGGCCUGGUUCCUUUGGAAAAGCUAUCCAUCCAUCUACUAACUACUUAUCCUGGUCAGGGCCAGGAGAAGCUAUUCAUCGUAUUAAUUCAUCUCAUACUGUGCCAUAGAUGUACACAAAGUAACGGGCUUUUGUACGUGCUUACACAUGUGCCUUGAAAUGUAAAGGUGGGAUGUCUGACUGAAUGUAAUAUUGCUGCCAUGACUUGUGUUUCAAAGACAGUUAUCAGAGUUGUUUGCAUUUCAUGAGACAGAAAAAUCUUGAGUUACAUUAAAUAAGAUAUAACAAUGAUUUUUAAAAGGGUUAUUUAGAGUAGUGGAAAAUAGAAUUUACUAUUUUCUUUUGCAAGGAAUGUGUUAAAUAUUUGUCAGUUUGUUCUGAUUGGACCUUGUAUUAAUGUACUUGUGUCUGGUAUGUAUAACAAUAUGGUAAUUUGACAUCAAAAUACCUAGAUGGUGCAUAUUGUGUAAACAGCUGGCAAGUAAGAAAUGCAUUAAUACUUUCUGGUGCCGGUACUAGGUUUAUCCUUACAACUGUAAAAUAACAGUAUCAGUUACUUUGUUUAAUAUUUAACUACAUAGCUUCCUUUAUGUCAUACAGUUACUGUGAUCUGAGCAAAGUUCUGUUCGGGGGGAAUUCAGAUUCUGCACAAGUAUUAACAAUGAGAAAUUAGGAAAACCAGCAUAGGAAGCUAGGUUAAACAUGACUUCAUAGUUUAUGUAGGAUCUAUCAUUAAAAGUUAUUAAUUUGUUAUUGCUUGUUAUAAAAAAGUACAGUUUGUACUUAUAAUUUUAUUAAAUGCAGCUUUCUGUUCUGUAUUAAGAUUAGCUAUUUAAACGGACUCAGGGAAAAGCAAGUGAAUGUUUGAAGAAGUAAAAAAAAAAAAAACUCAGCAUUGCACAAUAAUGAGUCAUAAAUGAUCUCUAAAAUGUAGAUUCAUGUCCAAAAGUGAAUGAUCCGUUUGUUUUGUAAGUUGAAUAUAUAGCACAUCUUUUAUGUUACACUAAAUCAGUAUUAUAUCACACUAUAUAUAUAUAUAUAUAUAAAUCAUGUCUGCAUCAAGUGUAUGACCGACAACAAAUUUAGUAUUUUGAAUAAAACCGUUAAUAAUAUGCGAUGAUAAGAAAGCUGUGUUUAAUGCAGUGUCUUAGAUAUUGGUAUUGUUCUACUUUCAGCUGAGUCCCUUGGCAGCUGGUAACUUUGUAACACGGAAAUGGUAAACCUGUGUGUGUAAGGCAGUUUCCAUCUAGAAUUCUCCAUUGUCAGAGGAGUCCAAAUUCCUCCAAAUUGUGGAUAGCACAAAUUUAAACGGUUUAUUCUUUUUUCUUCUUUGGAUGGGCUGGUAAGGAAUACAAAUUGUGAGAACAGAUAACAGCCCCGUUGCCUAUAUUUUUGGGCAUUUUAAAACACCUUAAAAAUUGUAGGUUGUUUUGUUUGAACAAAGAUCGUACUUUAAUUUAUAUUUUGCCAACUGCAGACUCAAGAUUCAAAUAAAAGACACAAGCAUAAUUAAGUCCCCGUUCCCAGCCGCUGCUCUCGUUUAGCAACCAGCUUCCCCGUCUUCAGACAUCGUUAUACCGCUCUCAGCACCGCGUGGAUGAUCUGGUGAUGCCAGAAAACGAGGACGCACUCACUUCUACUCAUCCCAAGCCUGCUUUUCUGUUGGAAGAAAGAACAGUAAUGUUCCCGUAGAAGACGUGCUCCACCGUCAUUUCACCGCGCGCAAGAUCGAAAAGUGAUCUUGGUUACCGGGCGACGCGCGACUGUAACAGCAAUCCGCAGUAGAUCAUGCACCGCUACCUUUUAAGGUUGAGGUGACGCAAUUUUCCUGUUGGUCCAUUGCAUGUUACGCCCAAAACAUGCCUCUUAAUAAUUAAGAAAGUUGUGGCAAACAUGUUCCGCCCUGUGCAGACGCAAAGUCUGUUUUUUCCGCUGUCAAAAAGCGACAUUGAUUUAGACACGCCAUGACUGUUAGUUCCGCUUUGCGCUUUGCAUUAGAUCGUCAAACUAGAGCCCUCUGUGUUCUGGACGUUGCUAAUUCGUAACUGCAGUACUUAUUUUUAGCACUUCGGCUUAGAGGGCAAAUUUCAACUCUGAGCUUGAUACGUUUUAUUAUUAUUUUUUUUUUAAUAUGGGAAGUUAUCCGAGAAUAUUAAAAUGCAUAAAUCAUGUACUGAUAUAAUUAAUUACAACAAUUAUGCAUAUUUAAUUUCAGUUUCUCCAAGUUAUUCCAUCUGAGAUAUUUCAUUUUAAGCAAAGAUUAAAACAAAGUAGACUUAUAAUUAGUAAUACAGCAGAUAUUUACCCAAAUAUGCUCUUGUAAUUAUCUGUCUCCUUGGCAGAUGGAAGUAUGUGGUUCUACACAAAGCCAAGAUGUCACCAGCAUAGCUAUUCAUUCCUUAUUAACAACAGCCAAGUGCCGUGUUUCACAGGUUUAGGAUCAGACAGUGCUUUUGUUGGGCAUCAAACCAAAAAGUUAACAGAUAAAGCUGCACCACUGUAAAUACAAGGUUGGUCGAAGCAAAUAUGGAGAAAUUGCAUGAGCUACAUUUCUUUCAGGAGAUUAAUUGUGUACAGUAAGGUACUAAGGUACUGUUUAAAACAUUUGACUGUCUUGUGCUUUCCUCUUGAGCCUUUUUGCCUUUGCAGCCACAGUAAGCACUGCUGGAUCUUGCGGCCUUCCAGGCACCUGUCCAUGGGGUGGUUUAACAUUGUGAAUGUACUUUAAACAAGGAAUUACUCAGUUCUGGUAGACAAAGCAGUUGUCAUGACAAAAUUGUGCAUGCCUGACAUGCAUGGUAGCACAUAUUGCAGAACUAAAUACAUUUGAAAGCAAGUAUUUGAAAUGCUGCCUUUGUGGUUAUUUUAGCUGUUUACUGCAGUAUCACCUUUUUAUAUAUUUUUUCUUUCAGUAAAUAAGCUUAUGAUUCUGGUACGGCUGUAGCUGCCUUUUGACACAUACUGUAAUGUGUUUCAUAUGCCAUUCAUGGUUGUCAAAAGCAUAAUGUUUGCCACCUAGCUUUACAUUGUAUUUUGAAUGUUACUAUACACUGAAAUGAUUAAAUUCUGUCACACAAGGGA